UCGCCCUUCCUCAAAAAGUAGAGUUUACCCGCGAUUGGAGGGGAAGCGAGGGGUGGGCGCGCUCUCUCUCUCUCGUCCAGAAGUCCAUUUCCCCAUACUCCUUGGUGGGCAUCUCCGCCUCACACAACAGACAGACAGAGAGAGAGAGAGAGAGAGAGAGAGAGGUUUCUGUCACUCUGCGAUUCGAUCACAAGAUCACAACUAAGUGAACAUGUAAUUUUUAGAGGCUUGACUGCAACCUCUCGUUUAUAUCGGAUCUUCAGUUCUUGACAUUAUGUUAUGAAUGAUAGAGAAAGCUCACUGCCACAACCACCACCACCAUCACCACCAUGCUCUCUCUCACUGGUACAGUGGGCAGUAGAUCAUCGGAGGAUGCGACAACCUACCAUCAGAAGACGAGGCGCUCUCCCAGCCUCCUUCAGCCGUGGGUGAGGUCGCUCCAAUUCUGGGCAAGAGCCACAGACAUCUAUCUUGGUUACAAGGUUUGCCAGUUGCGGGUGAAGUUCGUGAAGGAGAAGAGCAAACAGGAGGAGAUAUGGGAUCAGCAGCACGAAGUCGCUGCGGACAAGCUCUACUCCAUGUGUUCCGAACUUGGUGGUUUCUUUCUCAAGAUCGCUCAGAUAAUUGGCAAGCCAGAUUUAGCACCGACAGCCUGGGUCAAGCGGCUGGUCACAUUGUGUGACCGAGCUCCUCCAACGCCUUUUGAAGUGGUUCAGUCUGUGUUGGAGGAAGAAUUGCAUGCAAAUCUUGGGGAGCUCUUCGAGAGAUUCGAUCAAUCUCCCAUUGGUUCUGCAUCGAUUGCACAGGUACAUCGAGCAAGGAUAAGGGGAGGAAAAAGUGAUGUUGCUGUAAAGGUGCAACAUCCUGGAGUUCAGGAGCUAAUGAUGACAGAUAUACGCAACUUGAGAGCCUUUGCCAUGUUUUUACAAAAUACAGAUGUGAAAUUCGACCUUGUCUCUGUGACUACAGAAAUAGAGAAACAGGUUGGUUAUGAGUUUGAUUUUCUGCGUGAGGCUGAUGCAAUGCAGAGGAUACAUCAUUUUCUUUGUACAAACAACAAGAGGUCUCCUGUUAUUGUGCCACGUGUGAUUAGCAAGAUGACCACAAGGAGAGUCUUAUUGAUGGAGUUUAUUGAUGGAAUUCCAAUUACAAGUCUUGGUGAGGAGAUGGCCAAAAGAGGCAUUAAUCCCAGUGGUAGGAUUGCAGCAGCAGCAAAGCAGAAAAUUUUGAAAAGCUUGAUGCAGGCUUAUGGUCAAAUGAUUUUGAAAAGUGGGUUUUUCCAUGCUGAUCCACAUCCUGGAAAUAUUUUCAUUUGCAAAAACUCAGAGGUAGCCUUGCUUGAUUAUGGGCAAGUAAAAUAUAUCACGGAUGACCUCAGGCUUGCAUAUGCGAACCUUAUGCUUGCAAUAGUUGAAGAGAGUCCUGUGAAGGCCACGAUAAGUUUGAGUAGGUGCUCAAUAGCAUAAUCUUCUAUCAAUAAACUAGAAAUUGGUAGCUCGUCAACACUGGAGAUUCAGAAAGAGAAACAAGAGGGAGGGCUGAAAAAAUAUGAGAAAUUUGAGAACAGUGAAAUAAAUAAAAUGUUACUGAUGCAAGACAGGCAAAAGCAGCAUUGAUCUCAUUCAAUUUCUUAAGGGAACUGAUCACAUGGAAGAAUCCUGUUAUAGUUGUGGAUGGGAGUCUACAAUUCCAGCCAAUUCUUUGGACUACAAGUUGCAGAAACAAAAAGAUGUGAUUUUCAUGCUUUGUAGUUACUGGAAAAGGGCUUCCAUGCCCAAGCUGUGCCAUAGGUAUGGUUUUGAUGCAGGUUACAACAUUAGUGCUUGUGUUAAUAGUAUCUGAGGAAUCCUGAUGUAUCUAUGUCCUUCCAUGUGUUUGGACACCAUACCUUCAUGCAUAUGAACCAUUGGGCACCACAAGUUGGGUAUCAUUUGAUGAUCAUUUAUGCCUGCCUACCCUACAAACUUGUGUGUUGUAUAUAUACCAUACCAUCUAGCUCGAUGUUGUUCUCUAAAAUUCAGCAAGAGUAAGCAUUGAAGAAAGUCCAGUUGGUUAAAGCUCUGAGCCUGUGACUAAACGUGAUCCUUGUCCUUAUGUUGCUGACUAGCUUUCUCCGGUUACCACUACAGAAGCCAAAAGUGAAGGGAAUUUUGUCCUGUAAGAUGGAAUUAAACUUGCUGAUUGUUGCUUUUCUUUAUUGAUGCUGUAGUAUGUUUUAGAACUUUAGGCACUCUUUGAUUGCUAGAAAGCUGCCCACAGAAAAUUUUUCAUGAAAACUUUCCUUGCAUUACAUUUUCAUAGAAUGGAUUUUCCACCUUUGUUUUUCCUUUUUCUGGUGUUUGCAAAGGCAUGAGAAAGUGCCUUAAUCUGUUCUUUGUGUGUUUGAUUAUAUAAAAAAGAAAAAAACCAUUCCUUGUUGUAACUAUGUUGGAUAUGGAUCUGGGAAUGGAUUUCCUAAUUUGAUGCAACACCAUCAACCCAAAUAUGAAUCCCAUUUGGUAACAAAAAUCUGAAUCCAAGUUCUGAACUGACUCCAACUUUGGGCUGUAAUCCAAGUCUAACUAUUUGAAUUCUGGAUUGGAUCCUCAGUGCAAUGCCCAAAACUAGAUUUGAUUAGGUAAGUUCUGACUCGAAAUUGAGUUUUCUGUGGCAAUUGGAAAACUCAUAGCUGUCUCUUAGUUUGUAUCAUUUCUCAUUGAUGAAGCUGUGGCUUAUACAUCAGGCUGAUAUUGUGUGUGUGUGUGUGUGUGUGUGUGUGUGUGUGUGAGAGAGAGAGAGAGAGAGGUUAUAAACUGUUGAAUUGUAGUUGCAUGAGGCACCAAUAGAAAUAGAAGGUUUAGAAAAAUUUGGAAGGUGAGCAGGAAAAAGGAAUGAGUAGUUAAAUAAUAAAAGUAGAACAUUUGUUCCACAAAUGUGGUUGGUUUAAAGUUUAACCUGUGGGACCCACUGGAGAAGCAGAAAAAGUCUUCUUCUGUUUUUUUCCUUCCCAUCAAUCGAGCCUCCUCCUCAAGAGAGUUCUUAUUUGUGACCUCCAGAUUUCUUAACAUUAUGACUUCUAUUGAAGGUUGGGAUAUUUUGCUUCUAACAAAUUCUGAGGCAAUUUUGACCCUUUAAACAUCACCAUCAGGGGCACUGUGGAAGUUUUAAGGAGUGCAAUUGACAUCUUCGCUCUUUUCUUCCAUAUCUUUAGAAAGUUCUCACCCUUCUGCUGAUCUCGGAGAUUUUGAAACUUCUACUAGUGAAGUUCAUGAGAACUUGUCAACUCAGAGAAAAUAUGUCGAAAAUAUAAGUUCGACGUUUACAUAUAAGCAUUCUUAUACGUGGGAAUGUUGUCUAUCUUGUGCGCUUAUUUUAAGGCUACAUGUAAACUUGGAGUUAGCAAGCUUGGACAAGGUCAUUAAAGCUAUUUUGAUCUCUUUUUUCUUGUUGUCUAAAUA